GGAUGUUUUCAAUGAAUUCGACUAAUCAUAGCAGAACGACUAAUCUCUAGUACUGCGUAUAUCCACUUGUUGCACUUGCUAUCCUUGUUUCCGUGGACUCUGCUCGGGAAUUAGAAGCUACCCCACUAUCGCCGGCUUUGUCAGAGCGCUGCUUACUUACACAGCAACUCAAAUGCAGACGAAACAACAUGACGUUAUUCCUGUACUAAGCCUUGCGUCGUGGAGCGAUUGACAAAUCCCAGAGCACAAUCGACUGAUCCAGAAUCCCUUGAGCCGACGAGAUGGGCAAGUACACGGUCUCUCUGCAUUGCUGUUACCGUUUGUGCCCUAGACCGGGCCUUGUGUGCCUUCACCCAGUUCUAUAAAUUGCUGCGACCACCUCAAGCAACACUCAAUCCAGUCUCUAACAACGCCUACAGCGUCCAGACUGAACUCCAUCCAAGCCCACCUCACCCCAGCAGCCAUGUCCGAGAACAUCACACUCACCAGCGAAGGCGCGCACGGCGACGUAAAUGGCACCGCAACGGCGACCUGCUACUGCGGCGCCGUGCAAAUCGAAGUGCCCACCGAAGCCCCCGGCCUCGUCGACACCUUCAUAUGCAACUGCACCGACUGCCGCAAGAUCACCGCCAGCAUGUUCGCCUCCAACUUCGUAGUCCUAAACACACACCUCAAGCACCUGCGGGGCGAAGACAAGCUAACCAGGUUCCGCCAAAACUCGACGACCGCCACGGGCAACUACAUGGAAAACACCUUCUGCAGCGUGUGCGGCACGCUGCUGUACCGCCGCAGCUCCGGCUACCCGGACGCCAGUAUUCCGCGCAUUGGCACGAUCGACGACUUCCAUCUGCACGAGACCAAGUUCAAGCCCAGGGUCGAGACGUUUGCCAAGGACCGGUGUGCGUGGGUGCAGCCGCCGACGGUCCAGGAGCGGAUUGAGGGCGCGUAUUAUACGGCGGGCGGGGCGUGGAAGAGUAAGCAUGAUGGGACGGGGGGAGAGGCGGGGGCGAAGGGGACGGCGUAGGGGUGAGACUGUGGGUUGAAGGAGGUGAUGCAGGUGGAUGGCUCCAGCGUGGCGAGUGUGGCGUUGUAGUGCUGGAUAGAUCUAGAUGCACGGCACUCUGAUAUAUCACCUCAGACACCACACGCAGUGAUAAGCAAUCAGAUUUUGGGUAUCUCUUACAUCCAUAGGCAUCCAUAAUCCACCCCCCUACACCCCCCUCAUUUC